GUGGGGGCAGGUCAUUCGCAACUAUCCCUUAAACGGGUGGGUCUCCGGAACAAAAGUAUGUUUGUGCCUCCCAUGACAGAUAAUGUAGUGGAGGCUUACAUUAAAUUGGUACAAACGGAUGUGGAUGUUUUAAAACAAAAAAUUAAGCGAAGACCAUUGAUGUUUACAAGAUCUUAUUAAUAAUGACAAUUUAAUCAUAAAACCAGCUGACAAGGGGGGUGCCCUGGUGGUAAUGAAUAAACAAAAAUAUAUGGAUGAAAUUUAUCUACAAUUGGCAGAUGGUAAUGUGUACAAGAAAGUCGAUUCGGAUCCACUAGCAUCCAUACAACAGUGCAUUGCAAAUUGUGUGCUUGAUGCAAUGGAGGCUGGCAUUGUGGAUGACGAUCUAAAAAAAUUCCUGAUUAAAGACAAUCCUAUUACGCCAAUAUUGUACACAUUACCUAAAAUUCACAAAAACUUGGAGAAUCCACCAGGUCGCCCCAUUGUCGCUGGUACUGAUUCAGUCUUAUCACCAUUGGCUGUAUUUCUAGAUAAGAUAUUACAGCCUCUAGUGCAGAAUACUAAUUCUUUUGUGAAAGAUACCACACAUCUACUGAAUAUAUUGGAUCGGACCACAUUAACCAACAAUAAUGUUCUAUUAGUCAGUCUUGAUGUGUCAAGCCUUUACACAUCUAUAAAUCAUGACACAGGAAUAUCAGCUGUGACUCAUUUUUUAAAUACCACUGAAUAUACUGAGGAACAAAAGUCUUUUUUAGUGGAUUUAUUGCAAAUAGUGUUGCAUCAAAAUUAUUUUCUAUUUGGGGACAAUUUCUACAUACAACAGAGGGGUACCGUUAUGGGUAGCAACGUAGCUCCCUCUUAUGCAAAUCUGUAUAUGGCCCACAUUGAGGAGGAGGUAAUAUAUAAAAAUUCCCUAUUUAGAUCUCAUUGUACGUUGUAUCUGCGGUACAUUGAUGAUCUUUUGCUGAUCUGGGAUGGUGACUUAGAGAGCCUAAAUGCCUUUCAUCAUUUUCUUAAUGGUAUAGAAGAGACUUUAAAAUUUACAAUGGAUUUUAAUCCAACUUCCAUCAAUUUUUUGGAUGUAAAAGUGGUCAAGGAUGGAAACAUACUUAAAACUGAACUAUAUAGGAAGGUGACUGAUAAAAACAAUUUAUUGCAUUUUGCCAGUUUCCAUCCUGAUGCUUUAAAAAAUUCUCUUCCUUACUCGCAAUUUAUGAGGGUGAAGCGAAUUGUAAGUGAUUCAAAGGACUGUGACUUUUAUUUAAAAGAAAUGGUGGAUCGGUUUGGUGCUAGAGGCUACUCUAAACAGAUUUUAAAGAACAAUUUAGAGAAGGUGCACCAGCAAACCAGACAGGAAUUGUUAAUUGCCAAUGUGCCAAAGCAUAAGGAUAAUAACAGGAUAGCCUUUGUAAGCCGGUAUAAUACGGCAAGUAAACAAAUUGGGAACAUCAUACGUAAACAUUGGCAUCUGUUACAAUCCUGUCUGACAGAAGUCCCAAGUUUUCAAUUACCACCAAUGUUGGCCUACAAAAGGGCAAGGAAUUUGAAAGAUCGUUUAGUCAAAGCUGAUGUUGGCAGCCUAAAAUCGCAGAAAUGCUUAUUUUUACAAAGGCCUAAAUUUGGAACUUUUCCUUGUCUACAUUGCUGUCAAUGCAAUUCAAUAAUUAAAGGGAAUACUUUCAAUCAUCCCCAUUCUGGUAAGCAGUAUAAAAUUAAACAGUACUACACAUGUGAAUCUACAUAUGUUGUUUAUUUAUUGAAAUGCCCGUGCGGUUUGCUAUAUAUAGGGGAAACAACCCAGAGGAUUAGAGAUCGUAUCUCUAAACACAAAUCCACUAUUCGCACAGGACAAACUUCUCUACCUGUACCGGCACAUUUUCGAUCCGCAGGACAUGCAAUUAGUCAAUUAAAAUUUCAAAUAAUUGAUUCUGUUCCAGUUCAGAGGAGAGGGGGCAAUAGACUGCUAGCAUUACAAAAAUUAGAAAUGCAGUGGAUCCAUAGGUUGGACACAGUGUGGCCGAGGGGCCUGAAUAAAGACUAUACCCCAUCUAUGUUUAUUUAUCAGUAGGUAGGCAGACUUUUUACCAGUGCUGGUUUUUUGAAAUAUCUACUAUGUGUAUACAUAUGUAUUCUAACGAACAAUUUUUGUCUUUUUAAGGUCCUUG